UGCGCGCGUUCUGCGUCUACUUUUGCGGAAACAAAAAUUUGCGGCAGCUCCGGACGCGCGGGCGCGAGUAAGAGUUGAGAAGUGAAGACGACGACUAUCGAAAACUUCCGGCGUUUGCGCGUGACGAUCAAUUUCGAGCCGACUGUCUAGGGUUGGUUACAAUUUUGAAAAAAAAAAAAGAAAAACUGCGGUCAUCUACGACGAAACGAAACUGAAAGAAGGAAAACACCAAUCAAAACUAUAGUGAAUGGCAGCGACCCUUUGAGCACGAUCAUCUGUCAAAACGUUUCGAGCCAGCUGAGCUGUCGUGUAGAUCAACAGUAUUACGUGGCAUAUCGAUGUCAUCGUCGGCACCAACUUUUGUCAACGGCAAUCGAGAUGGGUUAGAUGAAAGUGACGAAGAUGAUCGAGAAAAUGACGAUCAGUUUGGAGACAACUUCCUCAAGCUGGCACUGAAUAAGCCGAAAUCGUGGAAGUGGGAGCUGACUACUUCGAGUUCAUCGUCUAGCAUCAACUUCCCUCGAAUACAGCUGAUCGACAGUCGAACCGGGGAGUUGAUGGUGGAAGUCGACAAGCCGGACUGUGUAGUGAAGAGUGAGCAGUUUUCAAAUGGAGAAGUGAGUCCACGAAGUUCUACCAGAUAUAGGAGGUCUAAGAGUUCGUGUCUGAGAGAAAAGGUGAUACCCUCAAGUUCUCACUUGAGUGAUGUCUUUGAACAGCUCCAGAACAAGGGCAUGGGUCACAAACUGUCAACCAGUGCUUUGCUUUACAAAAAUGGUGAUAUCAACGACUCCAAUCAUUCCAUCCACAAGAGCAAAUCGGCCAGUGAAGUUCGACAAAAUUCCCCGGGUAGUGAACAGGUCGGCUGGAAACGGCGUAUCCGUAAGAGUUCUUCUUCCCGGUCCAAUUCAAUCCUCGGCCGGAUCAGUGAAUUCCGCCAGAGCUCAACUGAAGAUGAACCGAUCAAACCGAAACCAUCAACGCCACCGCCUCCAUCUAAAAUUAUCCCACCUGCUCCGACCAUCAUCGUAGAAGAGGAUCGCUCAGCAACACCCCAACAAGUUCAACAAGCAACGGACAAGCCGAAGAUCUAUAAACUGGUCCGUAGUAACGCUGGUACCCUGAUGGUUCGAGAAGAAAGUUUCCACACACGCAACAGUAUCCGAAGACGCCAACAGCAGGAAUCGCACGAUCAACAAACCAAAACCACCAGCAACAACCACCUAGAGAAACGCAUCACCAUAGCGGACAUUCCGGAAUCCAGCUACGACCAGACGAUCAACGAAAUCGACAAGCUCAUCUCGAAGGUAAUGCUGUCGCACAACCUGCAGGACGUCGUCACCCAACAAGUCGAAGCAGAGAAACCUACAACAAUCAAUGGAAGCCAUUCGCCCCAACAGCAUCCAGACAAACAAAAGACGAAGAAGCGAAAGUCCCGGCAGCGUAGUGCCAGCGUUGGAUCGAGCAAUGGAGGAUCGAUGGAUGGUAGCAGACAAGAAAGUCGAAGCAGUCGGCGCAGCAGCAACAGAAAUUCACCGAUUGUUACGGUCGGAUCUUCCUCGGAUGAUGAGGAGCUCUCGCUGGCAGAGAGUCGCUUCGGUUCGUUGAAGCGGAGGGGCCGGCCUAGGUAUCGAAGGAAUAAUACGGGAACGCCGACGACCCAGUCGGUGGUGGCAGCGGAUGCGAGGCUGAGCACCGAGGAGCGGAGACAGAUUGAAAGCAACGAGUCUGUUUGCAUCGAAGAGUGCGAAUCCAUGCUGCUGUCGACAGCGACUGCCACAGUUCAUCGACGCCGCCGCAGCCGUCAUCGACGAUCACUUUCCAGCGGUGGGGAACCUACCGGUUCACAGUUGACUCUGGAACCGGAACUUCCGGUCUUCGAAACGCGAAACAACGCCAACAAUCGCACCGAGUCUUCGAGAAGCAAAUCAUCUAGUACUUCCCUCUCGACUUUGUCGCCACCAUCUGGGGUGGAGCCUACCACAGUUGAUCAACAAUCUACUGUGACCGAGUCACAGUUGAAGCUCGAUGAUAAAAAACUCAACUAUGGUCAAAGUGAGCUGAUUAAAACGCCAUUAGAGGAUCUGAAGGAAUCCAUUUUGCUGAAGCCACAGUUUGUCACAGUUGAUCAGAAGGUGGAGAAGGCUUUCGAUGACAUUGCAAAGAGAGAACCUGAUCGAAAAUCAAAAUACUCCAAUUCGAAAACGAAAGACCCUUUUGCGGACUUCGAUCAAACCGAUUUCGUUAAUCGACGUCUCGAUUCGAUGCUGCAGCAAAGUUUGGCUUUCCUAACGAAAGCCAAGGAUGACAUCCGGAAAAUUGACGAAGAUUACAGCCAAUUUGAGCAGAAGUCCCGAGUUUCGGCCUUCAGGUCCCCGACCUGUUCGACUCUUCCGUUGUCGGAAAACCUGCAGGUUUCUUCGCCUGUGAGCUCACCCACAACUGAGGGCUUGCCGGAGUCGAUUCAACGAAGGACUCAGAAGCCCUACGCUAGACGACAUCAUCGAUCCAGUUUUCAGAGAACUUGUUUGAACUAGGUGGACUGUUGAUAAGAUCCUUUAAGGUUGUCCGAAAUAAAGAAUUGAAUAAAUCGAUUUACUUUAGUCAGAAAUUAAGUUUCUUCGAACUCAAAUGAUUGAAGAAAAAUAAAUCUUUG